UGCACUAGGAAGUUGGAUGGUCAGUUUUGAUCCAUAGUCAGGUAUAUGGUCUGACAACUCAUACUGCAAUUUAUUGCUUGAUUCAGAGUCAUAUACAGAUGAUAUGUUCAACUUAAAUGAAUCAAGAACCAAUUCAGUAGCACUCUCAUCUAGUUUUUCCACAGUUAGAACUACAUUUCCACUAAGGAUUUUGCUAUCAAAAUUAAUGUUGAGAUUGAGACAGAUGUCCCUAAUUGUUACAAGUUCUGGAAUAAUUAGGCAUUGUUGGUAUUAUGAAUGAUUUAUCAUUAUAAACUUGUGCUUACCAGGUCUUGAAAAUGAACUGGGAUCAUUUGGACUCAGUCCAGUUUUUUCCAUGUUUGCGUUUUUUGUUCGGUUUUUUGAUACUCUGCAAUCCUAUAAGUCUGUAAAGCUGAAUACGUGGACACUUGAGAUUACAAGAUAGAAAUAAUAAUCAAUUAUUAUUGGAAAAUUAAGAAGUUUUCAAGUUGUAAACAAAUCAAUCAAAUUGUAAACAAAUCAAUCAAAUAAAAACAAAAAUCAAGUCAUCUAGCAGUGAAGGGUGACAGCAUUGUCUGCUAAAAUUGUUUCAGCUGUCACUUAGCUAGUGAUUUUCAACUGCUGAAAUCGGUGUGAAAUCCGCAAAUGAAAAGAUGUUUCUGUCAUUGUCAUGUAUAUAACCUCAAAAUUUGUUUUGUUUAUUUUUCAUUUUCCCUGGUGAAUAAUUUAAUAGGGAGGUGAUUUUGGUAAAAAUUUCGCCAUUCCUGCAAAAUUUGAUGAUGUGAUCAAUUUUUAUAGUCUAAACUUCGAAAUGGAGACCCAAGAACUGUCUGACAUUGAACAGGAUUGGAAGAAAGUUGAAAACAGUUCCAGGCAGACUGGCUUGAGAGAUGGGAUCUCAGAUGGACGAGACAGCAACUACCAAAAAAGUUUUGAUACAGGUUUCCAGGAAGGUUUCAAAAAUGGUUUUCUUCUUGGGAAACACAAGGGAAUUUUGUUGGCUGAAUCCCAACAAACUUCAACAGAAAUAAAAACAAAUCCUUUACUGGAAAAACUCAGUAGAGGCUCUUGUGAGGUCUGUAAAAGUGGAAAAUCAUUGGAUGAAGAGGACAAUAUUGAAAAACUUGUAGCAAUCCAAAAGAAAGUUUAUGAAGAGAAUGUCAGAACACUUGCCUCAAUCAGCAAUGAAGAAAGUGGUGGAUUUUAAAGCUCCUUAGAUUUUUUCAAUUGUUAAGUCACCACAAUGAAAAUAAAAAGUUUGAUGACCAUUACUAUGAAUAUUGUUUCCUUGAAUGGUACUUAAAAAGUUUAUACAUUAAUAAAAUAGGCAAACAUAAAUAAAUUAUUAAUUUUUUUUUAUAGACAAAUAUCUUCACAAGAAAAAGUAUCAUUGGAUUACAACAAAAAGUAUUAAUUAAAGGUACAGGCCUUCUGGAGUUCCCUCUUUCUUUCUGUACAGAACACUUUCCUUGGAUUUCUUGAAAUCCUCAUUCAUUACUUUCAUUCUGCGUUCACGAAGAGCCAUCAAGCCAGCCUCAGUGCAAAUAGC